AUGUCUUUAGCAGAGUCGGCGUCCGUCAUCGAUGGCGCUUUUCAAGACAUACCUGUAAUCGAUCUUUCCUGUGCAACAAAUUUGGACGAGAACGAGAAGAAAGUCCUUGCAUAUCAGAUACGCGAUGCGUGUAUGAGUGUAGGGUUUUUCUAUGUCAAGAACCAUGGGAUACCAGCAGAAUGCGUAGACACUAUCCUCGAGGUCAACAAAGAGUACCUCAAGCUUCCAACGGAGGAAAAGCUCAAGCUCAACCACGAGGCCGUCGCCAACUUCAAAGGAUACAUACCACUACUCGAUUCCAAUAUCGAACCCGGGAAUAGAGGCGACCUGCACGAGGGGUUCCAAAUUGGCUGGGAGGAGCUCGAGACAAAGGCCCAUGAUGACAAGCGAGCAAAUGCUGGCACCAUGUCGGGCGCUAAUGUAUGGCCUGAGCGUCCCAAAGAGUAUAGAGAAGCCAUGUUGAAAUACUACCAUGCGGCAGUAGGUGUGGGAAGGAUGCUUUUCACACUGUUCGCACUGUCUUUGGAUCUGCCAGAGAGAUAUUUUGACGACAAGACGAAGAACUCGGCUGCCACUAUGAAUGUAUUAUACUACCCCCCACAAACAGGUCCUGCAGACGAUCGUAUCGUUGGUAUCGGUGCCCACACGGAGUGUUGUUUUACGAUACUCUGGCAACAACCAGGAAUCCAAGCGCUGCAGGUCCUAAAUUCUCAGAAGCAGUGGAUCGCAGUCCCACCCAUCAAUGGAACGCUCGUUAUUAACGUUCGAUUUUUAGAUGAUAUUUUCAAGUCUACGGUACACAGGGCUGUCAAUAGGAAUGGCGUUGAUCGAUAUUCUAUUCCCCUAUUCUUCGGCACUGAUUACGAUGUUAACAUCGAGCCUAUUGCAAGUUGUGUAUCUACCGAGCGACCCGCGAGGUAUGGACCUGUAUUAGCUGGGGAAUAUGUCAAUCAGCGCUUGAAAGAAUUGUAUUACCAGACGACCUGA